UCCUCUUCAAAGUCGGGCAACUCCGGCAAGCGUGGUCUUGCGUACAACGACGCCAGCCUGUGCUCUGCCUUCAAGGGAUCCAAUGAAAUCUCGUGGGCUUACAACUGGGGAGCCUCUACCGCUCCUCUGAACCUGCCUGGUGUAAAGUACAUCCCCACCAUGUGGGGCAACAAGCCUGACUUCACCAACGGCUGGGCCGACAAGGCCAAGGCUGCCAUUGCUUCCGGCUCCGACGUCAUCUUCUCCUUCAAUGAGCCCGACCACCCAGAACAGGCCAACAUGAGCCCUGCUCAAGCCGCCGACAUGUACCGCAAAUACAUGAACCCCCUCGCUGGUCAGGGUGCCAAGCUCUGUGCUCCUUCCGUCACCAAUGGUGUCAAGAACGCCGACGGUUCUCCAAUGGGUCUCCCCUGGCUCAAGGAAUUCCUCGCGCAGUGCACGGACUGCAAGAUCGACUGCCUCAACAUCCACUGGUAUGACAGCGCGAGCAACGUCCAGUACUUCAAGGACCAUGUCACUGAAGCUCACGCCCUCGGAAACGGCCAACUGCCCGUCUACGUGAGCGAGUUCGGCGCCACUGGCAACCCUGCCCCCAGCGACGUCUCCACUUUCCUGAAGGCCGUCAUGCCCUGGAUGGACAGCCAGUCGUUCGUCUCUGGUUACGCCUACUUCAUGGUCGCCAACGGCAACUUGCUGAACGGUCUCGUCCCUUCCCUGUUCGGUAGCACUUACAUGAGCAGCUCCUAG